AUGCAGCUCACUCAACUCCUCCUGACCACCCUCUCCGCCUGCUCUGCAGUCCUGGCCGCUCCCGCCCCCGCCCCCGGCAAAUCAAUGAUGGCCACCGACUGUCAAUGGACAAUCGAGAGCCUAAAACGCGUCUGCAACGACGCCAACACCUGCUGCACCUGGACCUUCGGCAUUGACACCGGUUCAGGCACUCCUACCGCUUGCACCUACGUCGUGGAAGGCACCAAUGCCUCUGAAGCCAACGGAGGUCCAUCUGACUGUGGCGACUUCACCAUUACUUCGGGCUGGAGCGGCCAGUUUGGUCCGGGUAAUGGCUUCACGACCUUGUCUGUUGUCGACGACGUGACUAGACAGAUUAUCUAUCCGGCCUAUACCGAUAACCAGCUGAAGGGAGGACAGGUCGUUACGCCUGAUCAGAGUUAUACUCCGGCUGCUCUGCCUAACUAG